AUGUACGGAACACAAGCUAAUCAAACAUUCCCACCGACAGGCCGCCUUCAAGAAUACCAGGUCAUCGGGCGUCACUUGCCCAGCGAUGCCAACCCGACCCCCAAACUUUACCGCAUGCGCAUCUUCGCGCCCAACGAUGUCGUCGCCAAAUCCCGCUUCUGGUACUUCCUCGCCAAGCUGCGCAAGAUCAAGAAGGCAAACGGCGAGAUCGUGAGCUUGAACAAGAUCCACGAGAAGAAGCCGCAAAAGGUCAAGAUCUUCGGUGUCUGGAUCCGUUACGAUUCUCGCUCCGGCACGCACAAUAUGUACAAGGAGUACCGUGAGAUGUCGCGCUGUGACGCCGUUCACGCCUUGUACCAGGACAUGGCCAGCAGACAUCGUGCCAGAUUCAGGACGAUCCACAUCCUCAAGGUCGUCGAGGUUGAGAGGACCGACGCCGUCAGGCGCCCCCACAUCAAGCAGCUGCUCACCAAGGACCUCAAAUUCCCGCUUCCCCACCGCAACCCCCCGCGGGCGAACAAGAAGGUGUUCGCUGCGCAAAGACCGGCCACUUUCUACUAG